GGAGAUCCUCGCUGCUCCUUUGCCAAACAAUUUCAAGGAGACCAACUUGGUGUAUGACGGGUCAUCUGACCCAUCGAGGCAUGUGAGGACCUUUGAGAAUAUGGCGGUGUUGCAUGGAUACUCUGAUUCUGUUUGUUGCAGGGCGUUCUUAUCGACCUUACGCGGAGGAGCGCUUGACUGGUUUCAUCAAUUACUUUCGGGAUCGAUUGCUGAUUUUGAGGAUCUUGCCAGCAAGCUCACCAACCAAUACUCGAGCGCAGUGGCACAAGAGAAGACUUACUUGACCUUUAUGGCGAUGAAACAGGGGGAGAAGGAAUCGCUGAGAAAGUAUGUUGCCCGAUAUAAUCAAACAUGUUUGGAAGUGCACUCCGCUUCAGAUGAGGUGAAAGCAGGAGGAUUGAUUAGGAUUCUUCGAGCAGGGCCCUGCCGAACUUCUUUGGCAAAGACCCCGGCUCGAUCAUACGAGGAUGUCCUAAAGCGGUGCAGGAAAUACAUUAAUCUGGAAGAGAUGGAGAUGGAGUUUGCAAAGCUCGAGGGGAUGUCCCAACCAGAACCGAAGAAGGAGCAAAACCGCCCUAGGGGGAGAUCACCAAGGAGGAGCUCGCCUAAGAGGAGCGAGCAGAGGAGAGCGUCUCCUCGAAGGAGGAGUGGAGAUGCGAAAAGGGAAAAGAGAGAUGAAUGGCAGAGGAGGCCUAUGGUCAAAUUGCCCGUGGCGCUGGGAUCAGGGGAGCUGAGGAAAGUGCGCAUGGUGAGGUUCGUCGUUGUAGGGGCUGAGUCGUCCUAUAACAUCAUUAUGGGGCGGACGAGCCUGAAUGCAUUCCAGGCGGUCGUAUCCACGUACCACAUGACGAUCAAAUAUCCAGUGGGCGAAAACGUAGGGGAGAUUGUCGGGGAUCAGCUUACUUCAAGAAGCUGCUACCAGACAACAGUUAGCAAUAACAAGCAAUUGGCGAAAAGACAGGCUGAGUUGAAAGGGGAGGAUAUCAAUCGACCAGGAGGAUCAAGAUCGAGGGAAGAGAAACAAAAGGUGGAGAAGGGUAAGGAGAAGAUGGACAUCCAGCCUGGAGGAGAAGUUAAGGAAAUCCAGAUGAUUGAGGGUUGCGAAAAUAGAAAGUUUAGAAUUGGGAAAGAUCUGGAGGAACCCAUUCGGUCGAGGCUGAUCGAUUUGGUAAGGAAGUUCGCUGAUAUUUUUGCUUAUACAGCUGAGGAGUUAACAGGAAUAAGUGCGGAAGUGAUUGAACAUGGACUGAAUAUCGACCUCAGCGUGAGACCGGUGAAGCAGAAGAGGAGGCACCAUUGGGCGGAGAUGGACAAGAUUAUUGAGCAGGAGGUCGAGAAAUUGUUGGGAGCAGGGCAUAUUAAGGAGAUUCAAUUCCCUGAGUGGUUGUCGAACACGGUGAUGGUGUCGAAGUCGGAAGGAAAAUGGAGAAUGUGCAUUGAUUUUCGUGACUUGAAUAAGGCGUGUCCGAAGGAUCUAUACCCACUGCCCAGAAUCGACCAGCUGGUCGACUCAACGGCAGGGUGUGAGUUGCUGAGCCUGAUGGAUGCAUCCCAAGGGUAUCAUCAAAUUCCCUUGGCUAGAGAAGACAGGAAGCGAGUGAGUUUUGUGACUAGUCGAGGGACCUACUGUUACGUGUUCAUGCCGUUUGGUUUAAAGAAUGCGGGUGCCACAUAUCAAAGGUUGGUCGAUAAGAUUUUUAAGGAGCAGCUGGGAAGGAAUAUGGAGGUAUAUGUGGAUGAUAUGUUGGUGAAGAGUAGAGAGGAGUUGGAUCAUGUGCGAGAUUUGAGAGAAACAUUCUUGACGUUGCGGAGAUACGGGAUGAAGCUAAAUCCGGCCAAGUGCUCUUUCGGAGUGAGGUCGGGAAAAUUUUUGGGCUAUCUGGUGACUAAGAGGGGUAUUGAAGUCAAUCCGGAGAAGGUUCGAGCUGUGAUGGAGAUGAAGUCACCAACAAACGUAAAAGAGGUGCAGAUUUUAGCCGGUCGAAUUGCGGGGCUGGGUCGUUUUAUAUCGAAGGUGGCGGAAAAGAGUUGCCCGUUAUUCAGAACCCUGAAGAAGAGCGCGAAGUCCCAGUGGACGGAGGAGGCGCAAAAAGCAUUUGAGGAGCUGCGAGGGGUGUUGGCCAACCUCCCUUUAUUGGCCAAACCCGUGCAAGGAGAGGAGCUGGUGCUAUACAUUUCCAUCGGGGAGAGAGCUGUAAGUUCGGUAUUGUUGCGGGAGGAGGGAACAGCGCAACUCCCUAUUUACUAUGUGAGUAGAGUGAUGCAAGGAGCAGAGACGAGAUAUUCGGAGAUCGAGAAGUGUGCGCUAGCUGUGGUUGUAACUGCUCGCAAGUUGAGACCGUAUUUCUUGAAUCAUAAGGUGAAGGUGCGAACGAAUAUGCCGUUGGGAGAAACAUUGGGUCGGCCAUCGGUCUCUGGUCGAUUGGUGAAGUGGGCGGUUGAACUGAGCGAGUAUUCUCUGAUGUACGAGCCAAGGAGAGCCAUAAAGGCGCAGAUGUUGGCCGAUUAUAUCCAGGAAGGCACGAAAGUCGAGGAGGAGUCAGAGGGACUAUGGCA